AUGAGCUUUUUAUGGAAAGGAUCUCUGAAUCAAUCCAAUCCCCUGGAAAGAUUAGAAAAUUUAUUAAAGGAUACUCCAAUUGUGGAUACACAUAAUGAUUUUCCGUAUCUCUUACGGAUCCAAUUACAUAAUAUAUUAAAUAGUGAUCCUAAUUUUGAUUUCAAUGAUGAUAAAUUAUUGAAUCAUACAUCUUUACCUAAAAUAAAGAAGGGAAGACUUGGAGUUCAAUUCUUUUCUGCUUAUAUUGGAUGUCGUUAUCCUGAUAGUUUAUCUCAAGAUUUCAAUUAUAGAACCCCUAUUGUAAGAGAUACUAUUGAACAAAUUGAUGUUAUUGAAAGAUUAAUUGAAAAGUAUGAUAAUGAUUUGAAAUUUGCUUGGAAUUCUGAUCAAGCUUUAGAGAUUUAUCGUAAAGAAAAGAAAUUGGCAGUAACUAUUGGAGUCGAAGGUUUACAUCAAUGUGAUGCUUCAAUUGCCAUGGUUAGGAAAUACUUUGAUUUAGGAGUAAGAUAUAUCACAUUAACUCAUAAUUGUGAUAAUCCCUUUGCAACAGCUGCAAGUUCAGUUAGUGCAGGCUUAGAAGAUAAGGGUUUAACAGAGUUAGGUAAAGAAUGUAUUGCAGAAAUGAACAGAAUUGGGAUGUUGGUUGAUUUAUCUCAUGUAUCUUAUCAAACAAUGAUUGAUACUUUAGAAGUUACAAAAUCUCCAGUAAUCUUUUCUCAUUCAUCUGCGUAUGCAAAGUGUCCUCAUCUCAGAAAUGUACCAGAUGAUGUCUUGUUAAAAGUCAAAGAGAACAAAGGAGUUGUACAAGUUAACUUUUAUCCAGCAUUCUUAAAAAAUCCUGAAAAGAAUACCGAAAAGGUAACUAUUGAAGAUGCUUUAGAUCAUAUUUUUCAUAUUGCUGAAGUUGCUGGUUGGGAUGCUGUAGGUUUGGGCAGUGAUUUCGAUGGUAUUGAUAGUGCUCCAGAAGGUUUAGAAGAUGUAUCUAAAUAUCCUGAUCUAUUAAUAAAGGCUAUAGAAAGAGGAGCAACUGAUGAACAAAUAAGAGGUUUGAUGGGUGGAAAUAUUUUGAGAGUUUGGAAAGAAAAUGAAGUUAUUGCCAAAAAACUUCAGGCAAGUGGUGCCCCAAUUAGUGAAAGUAUAUGGUCAGAGAGAAAGUGGUACACUAAGUCUGGAGCUGCUAAACUUCCACAUCUAUAUGAGGGUUCAUUGGACGUUUUCUUUAAGAAAGAUAUUAAAGAGUAA